ACGUCAUCCAUGCCCCCGGAAACUAGUACGCUCUCCCUUUCGGAGGAGGCGGCCCUGCUCGAACAAUACAACCAGGAACAGGCCAUCCGGUACCUUCCCGUUUUCGUGUUCCUCAUUAUCAUCUUGGUCAUAGGGACCAUUGGAAACAGCCUUGUCCUGUUCGUUUACUGCAAGAUGUUUAGAAAGACUUCGUCAAACUAUUUCAUCGUUGCUAUGGCGAUAUUUGACCUUUUAGCGUGUGUUAUAGGUUUGCCAACCGAAUUAUACGAUCUGAGAUAUUCGUUAACGUUUUACAGCGGUGCGAUAUGUAAGAUAUUUAGAUACACUGAAGCAGUUGUUGUUUACGGAUCUGCCAUCAUCCUUGUUGAAAUUGCAUUCGACCGGUACUUCAAAAUCUGCAAACCAUUGAUGUUAAUUGAACUUUACAAGAUAAAGAUCAUGUGCUUUGUCGCCGGGCUAGCAGCUGUGGUGAUAUCAAUUCCAGCACUCAUUUUGUACGGGAUUUCCCGAACGCAUACGCCAGACGGCCGUGUCCAAGGAUACGACUGCUCGAUAGAGGAGGCGUAUAGAAAACAAGCGUUUUCCAAAAUCUAUUAUCUCAUGCUCGGACUGGUCUUUGUUACAACAGUCCUGAUCUUAUCUGGCUUGUACAUUCGUAUCUGGGUUGAAAUAAAACGCAGGAAAAAGCUGGUGAUUGGAGAUCAGGUAAAGAGACCGAGCAGGGAGGAAAUUCCGAUGCAAAACACCUUGGCGAAUGACCAGAAGACCAAGAAACUAAGAGUGGUCCGGUACUGCUCUGAGUACAGCGACGAAGACUCGCAGGACAUGGCGACCAGGGUGUCCUUCCGGCCGACUCUGCAGUGCCUCGCGGAGGCGAUGACAAAGUUUCGGGUUAGUCGCACCACCAUUGUCCUGUUUGCGGUCACUGUUGUGUUUGUCAUCAGCUAUCUUCCUGGAAUCAUCGUCAUGAUAUGCAGGUCCUCCAUAAAGGAUCUGGAAAAGAAUCAGACUCUCGCCGAGCAAGUUAUAAGUAAACUGUUCUCCAAGUUUUACUUCAUCAACAAUGCGAUAAAUCCAAUAAUAUACAGUUUCCUCAACCUCAGUUUCAGACGUCGCUGUAUAGUGUUAAUUAAGAAAUUAUUUGUUUGCCGUAAACGUGAUUUUCGCUUUCGAAAACCGAUUUAUGAAAAAAAAACGGAUUCCCAGAAGAGUAAUAAAAGCACGAAAAGUUCCAAAAGCGCUAAGAUAAGUACCAAAGAGCUUCAAGUAUGAGAUAAAGUGAACAUAUGUACGUUUGAAACAUUUAACCGAUAGAGGGUGUUACAAAUAAUUCUCAUGUUGGAAUCUGGAAAGUGUUUGCAUUUUAUCGGUGCAAACAGGUGUAAAGUAUUGGAUAUUAGCUGUUUACAGGUUAUAAGAGAACACAUUAUAACAAUACUAUUGAAACCGGUAAACGCAAUUUAUCAAUUCUAAAUGAUAACGCGUAACAAUGAGGUGUACAUAUUUGAAAAAGAGAACAAAAUGUGUAUAACUUAGGUAUAUGUUUGUAUAUA